AUGUUAGAACAGAAGACACCAUGGUGGCUUUCCUUACAGGAAGCAAUAUCCUUGAAAAAAACUAAUGCAAAAAGUGAAUGGGCAACCUAUAAAGAGUUGCUAAUGGAAAUAGAACAACAAUUAAAGUUGAAAAGAUUUGAGGAUACAAGACAUUUAGUAACAGAUUGGUUGCAAUACCAUCAAUUUAAUGAUGUCUUUAACAUUGAUAAGAAAAAUGGGUUUAGUAAGGAAAUUUCAAGGUUUGCAAAAGAUUUACUGGAAUGCAAUGUGAAGUUACUUUCCAAAAUGUAUAAGUUGUUGCUAGAAUGGCAUACUAAAGAUGAGGAAGUUAAAUCGAAUGAUGAAGGCACUCCUGAGCGCAAGCCUCCUCUUGGUCCUGCUUUCUCCAGCCAACCCAAUGAUUAUGGGAAGCUCACAGGACCUCAGCGCAACAACACUCUGGCUUACUCAUUACCUCUGAACUGCAGAUAUACUUAUAACAAGACUGGAAUGACAAACAAUGGCUAUGGUAAAACAACUUGUGACUCCAAGGAAGAUUCCUGUGUUGCCAGUGUUCUGCGUAGAAAUAUAAGUAAAUUUUCCUCGCAACUUUUGAAUAAAUGCACGUCAUCCGACAAUUGUUUCUCAGGCAAUUACAGCUUCACUGCAGGGGAUGGUAAAUUCUUUGAGAUGAAGAAGCACUGCUGCAACACGGAACUGUGUAAGAAUGCAAUUCUCAGCCGUAGGUUUCUCGCUGACAACAGCGUUCUGACUGAAAAUGGCCUGAAGUGCCCAGCCUGCUUCUCCAAAGGAACCGCAGAGUGUGAAAGUGAGAAGACCAUCGACUGCCUUGGGAAUGAGACCCAGUGUGUUGUUUUUAAAGGAGCUCUUCAUAUAGCUUUUGCUAGGCUCCACCAUUUCACGUUCCAAGGUUGUGGAACAACAGAUUUUUGUGCCAUCCCGGAAAACAGAAGAACACUUGGAUCUGGGGAAUUUGGCCUUUUUAUUACCCAAAAAAGAUGUUAUACUGCUUCAGGAAUCUCACACCAGCCUGAACAUGAAGGGUAAAUAG